AUGGAUUUGCAACCUAAUGCGGAAAUCGAAUCAGAGACCCACGACCUUGCGUGGUACAUUUCUAAUAUCAAAAAACUUUUAACUUCCUCUUCCGUUGAGGUCAAAGGAGAGUCGAGUGAAGACGCUAGAUUGCAAUACGCCAUAAAACAUUAUCGUGAAGCAUGUGAAAUUUUCCCGAAUUCCUAUGAUCUCAAGGUUCACGCUGCUCAACUUGCGAUUCAAUGUGAAGAUCAAAAUCAUCCUGCUUCGGAAUAUAAUGCAUCAAGAAGAUUAUUUGUCGAAGAUAUAUUGACUGUUCUACUUCGAAAAAAAAUCGUCGUGCACGAAACGCAUAUACCACCCGACAUCCGAGUCUACGAACCACAAGAUUAUUUGUCGGUUCCUUACGCCACAUCAACGCAAGUCAAAUAUCCAGCGAAUGUGAAUGUCACCUAUAGUCAACUCAAAUUAUGGCUCGAAAGAGCACAGGGAUACUAUAUCGCAAGCAAAGAGUGGCGAAAGUUGUUUGAGAUCUCUUUGACUGUCAUGGACAGUACCGGAUACCUGGUAUUUCCAAGGUACAUUAUUGCUCAUCUGCUUGAAUCAGACAAUCAUAAACUUUUUAUCACCAUCUCUUAUCGUCACCAUUCGCUUUCUAGUUCUCCACGUAUCACAAUCGCAGAUUUUUUCGAAGAUCCAUCUCAACUACCCGCGAAACUGUUUAACCUUUUAAAUCAGACCUCGGUCAACCAAACUUCGUUAACGAGCGAAACGAUUCUAAAUUCGUUUUGCUUAUCGAUCGGUGUAGCAUGUUUCGUCUAUUGCUGUUACGAAUUCUAUGAUAUUGUGUCUGGGUUAAAGCACGUAUCUUCGCCCGAGAGUACAAGUAAUUGUAUAAUACCCAUCUGGACUGAGGGGAUUAAUGCUGAAUUUCCCAAUCCUCUAUCUCCACCUAACUAUUUUAAUUUAUCUAAUGGUCCAAGGGCAAGCAAAAAAAGGCGAAUCAGCUUUUUAUUGACAGGCGAUCCUGGUCGGAACAACCUGGGAACGGAUGGUGAUGAUGGUGAGUCCGAGUACUCUAUAACGCACAAAAGAAAUCAUCGAAGUAAGAAUGUCAUGAACGUCCGGAAUCUAUUGAUUGAUGAUGAUGACGAGAUUGGGGAAAUGGAAGGCUCUCGAAUUAAAGAAUGGCAAGAACCGAUCGUACGUAACGCGAUCUCACACUUGGAACGGGCGUCAAAAUGUUGGGAUGAUCUGAGAUCAAUGGUGAAUCGAAGGGGAAAUGAGCUGGAGUUUUUGAAUCGAGAAUUUGGAAGAUUGCUCGAUGCUUGGAACCUGCCACUUGAUGUUUUUAAUGCGGUUAUGUUAACACGUGCAGACAGUGAGCUCAUCAAUGGAAAUAUUAAUACAGCCUACACUUCUUAUAGAGAAAUAAUUUCAAGGAUUUCGGCGGCCUGGGGUUCUCAACGAAAGAGAGAAUCACGGAAAGAAAAACACUCGACACCGGUGCGACAAGAUCACCAGCGGUCAUUUAACGAUAACACAUUAGACCCCGCCUCUACGUGCGAAUCUACCAUAAAAGAACAAUCUCCGCUGAUUCUAACUUUUCGCGUUCUAUAUUCGAUUUCUACCCUUUACCGUGCAAUUGGUUGGUGGGCACAAGCUAGGGUAGAACUUUGCAUGAUUUUGGCCACUCUACCAAUUACCCCUGUCGACGAAAGAUGUUCGGAAAGAGAUGACUGGUAUAUGGCUAAGAUUUGGGAGGAUUUGAUUUCCAGAAAAAGUUCCGAAUUUCAAAGGUUCAAGUUGAUAGAGAUGACCAAGGAAGGUUUGGUGAUUAGAACUGUGAAAGAAUUGAUGGCGUGUUUCGAGUAUGAACUCAAUUCUGCACAAGACUCGCUUUUGGAUCAGACCAUAGGCAACAUAAUAGUAUUAAUGCAGUUUGGUUGGCCCUACUGGCGUAAUCAACUAAGACAAGUAUUGUUUCCGAAAAUCAGAAGCCGGGGUGGAUUGAAAUAUCCGGAUAUGUUACGAUUUUUACAUAAUGUAGAAAUACUUGGUGAAAUGCUUAAAUUCCACGGAGAAACACCGAAUAUUGAAUUUUCCUUUUUUUCGAACGAUUCCUUUCUCGCAUCAACUACCGAGUCGAUACAGGCUAUGGAAAAUCGAAUUUCAAAUUCUCCGAGAUUUAACGGCAGCAAAUCAUUGGCGGAGUUUUUUCGUGAAAGGUUGAAUGAUGAGCCGCUCAACUCUAAUAGUGGUGAGAUCACGAGCGUCGAACAUGAUGCCAAACUUAAACGCGGUAAUAUUGUUAAAUCACUCGAUCGCACCGCCACACCGGAUGCACGGGCAGCGUCUAAAAGUUGGAAAAUGGAUGUUUCAUCUAUCGUAGCCAUAGGUAAAACGAGAAAAAGUGAAAGCGGAGUAAUUAAGGAGGAUCUAAAGCGAAAGAUGAUGAGAUGA